AUGGUGAGAGAACGAAGCCUCGGAAAAGAGCCGCUACCUGAGGAUCGUCAGGGCAUAUCUGGAGCUGGUGCUAGAUAUAGCAGCAUGCAGACCACCAGUGGUACUGCGUACACAAGGCAAACGCAUACCGGGACACCCGAACAAACAAUAGCCACAGAAACGACAAGCAGAACACAACAACUCCACACUGCAACUGCCGAAAGUGCUUCGGUGGGCAUACAACCACCGACCACCAAGGGAGGAAGUUUAAGGCAGCGCAUGAAAUGGACACAUGAAAUGAACAGACAUGUCAUGCGCUGCUACUACAUCGCCACGAAACUGGAAACAAUAAACUCUGGAUACCGACCACAGUUGCAUACGCUCUUUAUAGACAAAUACCCACAACUUGCAAACCUCACACAACAACGCCUAAUGGACCAGAAACGAACACUAGUAACAAAUAACAGAAUACCACGGUAUGAAAUACAGAACAUUAAAGAAGAAGCAGCCAGAGCACUAAACACAGAAACAAACAAUACAACACCGAUCACAUCACCGCAAACAAGAACCCAGACACAAGUACCACAACGAAUCCCAGAGGAAACAGAACUGAUGGAUAAACACACACCAUCACCACCACCACCACAGCAAUCACACCAAGAGAAAAACAUAAAAGAAGAAUUAAUUAAACAACACACACACUGGAGUCAAACGAACGCCACAGAAAGACCCAGACUUCCACACCUACGAAUUAACAAAACGACUACACAAACCAUAGAAACAAUCAACAAACUAAUUCCAACAAUACUAAACAACAACAAUAACACAAUAGAAGAACUACACAUAAUCAUAUACAGCGCAGCAUACACAACACUGAAACUAAACAAACAAACACCAAUAAAAAAGACCAACACUACACCAAGAAAACCAAAAUGGCAAAUAAGAAUAGAAAAGAAAAUAGAAACCCUACGACAGAACAUCGGACGACUAACACAAUACGUAAAAGGAAAUACAUCAAACAAACUAACACGGAAAAUACAAAAUAUACUUCAGAACACAGAAAAUCCAGAAACAAAGCUGGACACGCUAAAACAGAAAAUGACAGUAUACAGCACCAGACUGAAAAGAUACAAAGAAGCAAACUUGAGAAGGCAAGAAAAUAACAUGUUCCGAAACAGUGAGAGAAGAUUCUACAGCGAGAUACAAAAUACAGAAACAGUCAAAAUUAUCCCUCCGACAAAAGAACAAACAACAAAAUAUUGGAGUAACAUAUGGGAAAACCCGAUCAACCAUAAUAGUAAUGCCACAUGGAUAAAAAAGGAACAAGAUCAAUUUGCACACAUAGAGACAGAACAAGAAGUCAUAAUCACAAAGGCAGAACUGGAAAACGCAAUUAAGAAAACACAUAACUGGAAAGCACCAGGGAUAGACGGAAUUCAAAACUAUUGGUACAAGAAACUAACCGCUACACAUGAACCAUUAACACAUGCCAUCAAUGAUAUAAUCCACCACCCAGGAAAAACACCAAAAUUCCUAACAGAAGGCAAAACAUACAUCAAACCAAAAAAUCAUAACACACAAGACCCUGCUAACUACCGCCCAAUAACAUUCCUCCCUACAAUCUAUAAAAUCAUCACGUCGAUCAUAACACAGAAAAUAGAAGCACAUCUACAAACACAUAACAUACUCACAGAACAAAAAGGAUGCAGGAAAAAUAGUCGCGGGUGCAAAGAACAACGAAUAAUAGAUACAGUCAUAAUGAAACAAGCAGAAGAACAACAAAGAAACCUACAUACAUGUUACAUAGAUUAUAAAAAAGCAUUGGACUCCGUCCCACAUAGCUGGCUCCAACAAACUCUAGAAAUAUACAGAAUACCCCAUACCAUCCACACAUCCUCAAAUACACCAUGA